AUGCCUCUGAACGCGCCAACUCAUCGACCUCCCGCUGGCUCCCAAACAAGCUUCGCGCCUGUACCAUGGGAAGAGAUUUUCACUCGACACGAGGCUGUUCUCGCCUCGCAUCUCGAGGUACUUGGAGCAGUGAAGAAUCAAGUCGCGCUCACUGGGGAAGCAUCCCGCGCGAUCACUAGCAUGGUGACGAAGACAAUCCAAGCCAUGAACCAGUCCAGACUUGCUCGGAAGAAAAUGCUCAAUCAGAGCACGUCUCAAGACGUGCCGCAUACCUCCGCUUCCUCCCCGCCGCCAUGUGAGAUGAACCAAGAGAGUACCGGACGUUCCCAGACCACAGAUACAGCGUCCAACAGUCGCAAAAAGAGAUCUCGGAACGAGACAGUCGUAUCCACCUGUUCGCCUCAGCCUCUCGCUACUGAAGGCGACACUCGAGUCAUCAAACGCCGACGAAGCAUCGCCGAGGACAACAAAACUCCAAAUGUGAACAGUGUCCCUCCACCUACGUGUGACACCGAAGAUAUCUCCGAAGAGGUUCAGCGCCGGCUGAGAAUCAAAGAGGAGUUACGCCGAAAGAGACAAAAUGCAAAGCCAGAGAAGCGCAAACGCGACAGUCUCACUUUGGAUGACGGCUCAUCAGUCUCUGAAUGUGACCAUCUGAAGAAGCGCGCACGACGAACAAGCUCCGAUUUGAAAAGAAAAGUAGACUCACCCACUGGUAGCUAUGUCGACCCGGGAAACAAGCGGUUGAAGCAGACGCGGGGGACGUGA